AAAAAUAAAUAAAUAAACAAGCAAGCAGUCACCUGACAUACCGGGUUGGGUCUGCGUUGACAGCGCCAAGGGUGCCUUGGCUUCUGAGGAAAGAGAAAUCCUGCUGAAGAAUAUGAAGAAAAACCGAGACAGACUCUGCAACAAGGAAAGAGAGUUUGUAUACAAAUUCAAGGUAGGAAAUGAGCGCUUAGAGCUGAGAGUGCCCCUCAAGUUUCCUGUGGACGAGAAUGCCAGCCACUUGCAUGGCCGUCUGAUGCUGCUGCACAAUUUGCCCUGCUUCAUAGAGAACGACUUAAAAGAAGCUCUGAGCCGGUUUAUAGAAGAAGAAUCCCUCAGAGACCAUGACAGAGAUGCAGAAGCUUGCUUGGAGGCUGUUAAAUCUGGUGAAAUAGAUCUGCACCAGCUGGCAAGUACAUGGGCCAAAGCGUAUGCUGAGACUACCUUAGAGCAUGCAAGGCCAGAGGAGCCUAACUGGGACGAAGAUUUUGCAGAUGUGUACCAUGACCUAAUCCAUUCCCCGGCCUCUGAAACUCUCCUAAAUCUGGAACAUAAUUACUUUGUUAGCAUCUCAGAACUGAUUGGUGAAAGAGAUGUGGAGCUGAAAAAAUUACGAGAGAGACAAGGUAUUGAAAUGGAAAAAGUGAUGCAGGAAUUGGGGAAAUCACUUACAGAUCAAGAUGUAAAUUCACUGGCUGCCCAGCAUUUUGAAUCUCAGCAAGACCUAGAGAAUAAGUGGUCAAAUGAGCUGAAACAGUCUACAGCCAUCCAGAAGCAAGAGUAUCAGGAAUGGGUGAUAAAACUUCACCAGGACCUCAAAAACCCCAACAACAGUUCUCUCAGUGAAGAAAUUAAAGUUCAGCCAAGUCAGUUCCGAGAAUCUACAGAUGCCAUUGGAAGGAUUUACGAUGAGCAGAGGAAGUUGGAAGAGAGCUUCACCAUUCAUUUGGGGGCCCAGCUGAAGACCAUGCACAAUCUGCGAUUGCUGAGAGCAGACAUGCUGGACUUCUGCAAACACAAAAGGACUCACGGGAGCGGCGUGAAGCUGCACCGGCUGCAGACAGCUCUGUCGCUUUACUCCACAUCGCUUUGUGGCCUAGUCUUGCUAGUAGAUAAUCGGAUUAAUUCAUACAGCGGCAUCAAAAGAGAUUUUGCCACAGUUUGCCAAGAAUGCACAGACUUCCACUUCCCGAGGAUUGAAGAGCAACUGGAGGUCGUCCAGCAGGUGGCGCUGUAUGCGAGAACCCAGCGCAGGACCAAGUGCAAGGAGGCUCGAGAUUCUGGAAACCAAAAUGGAGGAAGUGAUGAUAAAUCUAAGAAUGCUGAGAGAAACUACUUAAAUAUUUUACCUGGAGAAUUUUAUAUUACACGUCAUUCUAAUCUCUCGGAAAUCCAUGUGGCUUUCCAUCUCUGUGUGGAUGACAACGUGAAAUCAGGAAAUAUCACUGCUCGGGAUCCCGCUAUCAUGGGUCUCCGAAACAUACUCAAGGUUUGCUGUACCCAUGACAUCACAACGAUAAGCAUCCCUCUCCUGUUGGUACAUGAUAUGUCAGAGGAAAUGACUAUACCCUGGUGCUUAAGGAGAGCAGAACUGGUAUUUAAGUGUGUCAAAGGUUUCAUGAUGGAGAUGGCUUCAUGGGAUGGAGGAAUUUCUAGGACAGUGCAAUUUCUGGUCCCACAGAGUAUUUCUGAAGAAAUGUUUUAUCAACUGAGCAACAUGCUCCCCCAGAUCUUCCGGGUCUCCUCAACACUCACGCUGACGUCCAAGCACUGAAGCCUUAUACGUUGACACACUGACAGAAGAGGAUUUCUGACCUCUCCAGAAGAGAGAAUUGCACUGGAAGCCUGUCAAGCAGAAGGUGCCCAGUGGGACCCGCAGCCCACACCACCUGUUAAUGAUGAUGUACGUUUUCAGACAUUCCAGAAAUGUAUGUACUGCACAGACUAGCGAUCAGCUCCCCAGCGGAGCAGUUCCUCAGUCCCCUCACAAAAUAAUACCUCCUUCUUCUACUUAGAUGACAUAUCAGUGGAUGGUAAUGUUAAAACUUAAAGUGUUUACCGAACAUGGAUACUUAAAAUUCAUUACAUUUCCAUGGAGACCUGUGACUUUCCGAGGCAUGAGUCCUCAAUCAGCUGCAAGCAUAAUUAGGCAGACAAGUACAGUCUUCCUUCUGCUUUAGCAAAGCAAAAUUUAAAUAUACAUUGCAAGUAUAAGUUUUUUGUGAAAAUGUUUUUGUAGCAAUAUAAAUACACCAGACAAAUGUGCUUGUUGUUUUAAAUUCUCUUGUUUCAAAUACUGGCUUUUAAUCUACUCUUUCUAAGGUUGUAUAAGUUAGAGUCAGAGAAGGCUUUGGAUUCUUUACUGCUGGCUCACCUUCCGUCUGUGACCUUGCCCGUGUCUAUUAAUAACACUUCAUGGGCUGGGAAAAUCGUGUUCUUUUUUGCCGGCCUGAUUUAAGUUGGUCUAAAGCCGCACCUGGCAGCAAUGUAGUACUUAGCAGCAUUGUUUUCAUGUCUCCAUCUUCCCUAGAUUCUGUUUCACCAUUCCUUUACACCAUUUUUAUGGCAGAAACUGCAUUCACCCCCCCAUACACACACACACACACACACAUUUAUCCUGCUUCAAAAUUGGCUUUUGGGGCACUCUUUCCUCAGAGGCUACUUGCCAUGUAUUCUGUGUGCAAGGUAUUUGUCCAGAACCCUGGCUUAAGCUUUUUAAAAUGGUGUUUGCAACAGCACACAGACAUCUGCACACAGAUAUGCAUAAAAGCAGGAAUUUCUUCACAUCUAGGUAGCAUGGCUGCUGGAACAGGUCAGUAGGAUGGAAUGUGGAGUCGUUUUAGUGUCAUGAUAAAGCAAUAUUUCUUGAUUUCAAGAAAACAAAACCAGUACUCACUUAGUAAGUCAGAAUGUCAGAUCUGUGGCAGACACACUGUUGUUAGACAGAAUGCCCUCCCAUGGAGGAAUAUCUCUUGGUUUUCUACUCAAGGAAGAGAUGGAACACCUCGUUCACACUAUGACCACCAGACACUAAAUUUUCCAGGUUUUUGCCAAGAGGCUUGGUACUACAUAUGGAGAUUCCCUGUUUCCUUGAAGAAACCAUCUUUCAAGCAUCAUUGUUCUCAUUGUAAUUAAUUCUGAUGCAAGGCAGACACACAGAAACGAGAGAUGGACAGGUCAGGAUCAGAGACGGUUUCUGUUCUUGAACUGGCAGGUGUAGCUGGGGUGUAGGUAUAGAAGGAUCAAUAAAAGGCAUUCAGAGCCCCGGCUGUAGCUCUGUGGGAGAGGCUGGUUUAGCAUGUGUGAACCCCAGCCAGGAGUGGGAACAUUCAGAACGAGGCCUUGGUAUCUUUCUUCAGAUGACAUUUAAGGUUACACCGGCAGCUUGGAGGGUGGUGCAUCCACCUGUCAGGGUGCUGGAACUGUUUCAUCCAAAGAAGUUAGAUGAAUGCUACUGACCACUCUUCUUUAUCACCUCAAGACUGUCUUACUAAGUCACUUACGAACUUGGGCCUCCACUAUAUAAAGUACAACUUGACCUGUAAAAUAAAGGCAAAUUUAUUGAGUGAUUUUUCAGUUUGUGCUGUGUUAUAUAGUAUACAUUGGCAAUAAGAGUGGAAAGAAUGGGCAGAGGCUCGUGGCUGGUUGUCAUCACAGAGCUGUCUGCACCGGUUGUUCCCAGUCCUGUCGGUGUUCUCUCGGUGCCAGCCUACCUCUCCCCUUGGCACCAUGACCACUACCACCACCUCCAAGGAUGUGGACCCCAACACCAGGAACAGCUCCUGGGUUUUGCAGCCUUCAAAUGGUGGGUCCAAUUUUUCAUUAGGCUUUGAUGAGCCAACAGAACAGCCUGUGAGGAAGAACAAGAUGGCCUCUAGCAUCCUUAAGACACCUGAGGAAAAUCAUCGUGGGCCAAGUCUAGUGGUGGCAGGGAAGAUUCAGAGUCUCCUGGAACACAGAGAAGUAACUCCUUUGAAGCAAGCUCUGGAGACUUCUUAGACCUCAAGGGAGAAGGUGAUAGGCAUGAAAAUGUGGACACAGACUUCCAAGCCAACCUGGGGCAAAUGGAAGAGAAGCCAGUGCCUGCUGCACCUGUGCCUAUCCCAGUGGUGCCAGCCCCAGUGCCAUCCCUGGCAGUGAAACCCCUGGCAGGUCCCUCCCAUGGCAGGUCCAGCCUGGUCUUGGGUUAGCUCCUUCUGUUGAAACUCUGUCCUUCUGUUUGUUUUUCCAUGUUUGUGACCUGCCCAACGUGAGCCUGACUGUACAUCUUUUGGAUUUGUUUCAUUAAAAGAGAAGCACUUUA